AUGCCUUCAAUCGCCGACCGCAGCGUCGAACAACUCGAGUCUAAGGGCGCGGGAUCCGCCGGAGACUCCACUCCCCCGAAACGGAGGUUGAGAUCUAACUCCUCGCCGAUGAAGCUCAGUCCGAUGAAGUGCAAGCGUGUCUCGGUCGUUUCCGUUGCGAAAUUGCGCGGCGUUGAGGCUGAAUUGGAGAGUAGACUCGAGGAGGUUGGAGGAUGCAGCGGUGAUUUGACUCCUCAGAAGCGGAAGUUGAGGUCCGAUUCGUCGUCGCCGAUGAAGCCCAGGCCGGUCUCGUCUCCGAUGAAGCCCAAAUCGGCUCGCCGGCGCCUAAAUUCGUGCACUAAUACUUCUGAAAAUGGAAUUGAGAAGUAUUUCAGUCAGAAAAAGCGUCAAGCCUUUGUUAAACCACCGGUUGUUGUCAAGCCGAAUUGGAAUCCCAGAGAUAAGGAGCAAAUGAGGAUAGUGAAGGAGGCAUUGCACUUGUCAACGGUUCCCUCUACUGUCACGUGCCGCGACGUGGAGCAGAAGAGGGUUCUGGAGUUCUGCAAGUCAUGCAUAGAGCAAGAGAAGGCUGGGAGUUUGUAUGUGUGCGGGUGUCCGGGGACUGGGAAAUCAUUGUCCAUGGAGAAAGUGAAACAGCUUUUGGUGAAUUGGGCAGGAGAGGGUGGAUUUCAGGAACCGGAUGUGUUGGAAUUGAACUGCACAUUGCUAACAAAAACUUCUGAUAUUUUCACCAAGAUACUCGCUAAACACCAACCUCAAAAGAAAGCUAAUGGCAUUACCUCCCUGCAACUUCUUCAGAAAUUAUAUUCUCAGAAGACUCAGUCAGAUGGGACUAAGAUGAUGUUGGUAAUAGCUGAUGAGUUGGAUUACUUAAUCACUAAAGACCGGGCAGUGCUCCAUGACCUUUUCAUGCUCACAACAUACCCAUUUUCAAGAUGCAUACUCCUAGGAGUAGCAAAUGCAAUUGAUCUAGCUGAUCGUUUUGUUCCAAAACUCCAGUCAUUAAAUUGUAAACCUAUGGUUAUAACCUUUCGGGCAUACUCUAAGGAUCAAAUUCUCAAGAUUCUUCAAGAGAGACUUGUGGCACUACCUUACACCGUUUUUCAACCACAUGCAUUGGAACUUUGUGCCAGAAAAGUUGCUGCUGCAUCUGGAGAUAUGAGGAAAGCUCUCUGUAUUUCCAGGAGUGCAAUUGAGAUGCUGGAAGCAGAGUUGAGAGAAUCUACUGACAAGUUAAAUUCAUCAACAGUAGAGAAUCCAUUCUCUGAGCAACAGACAGCUUCGGCUCUUUCUCUGGUGAAAAAACAGGAGACUGAUGUUGUGAGAAUUGAUCACAUGGCUGUUGCUUUGUCAAAGACAUUCAAGUCACCUGUAGUGGAUACCAUACAAUGUCUUCCUCAACAUCAGCAGAUUAUAAUGUGCUCUGCUGCAAAGCAUUUCCGUGGUGUGAAGAAAGACACAACAAUAGGAGAGUUAAAUAAAUCUUACUUGGACAUCUGUAAAUCGACACUAAUUCCACCGGUUGGAAGCUUUGAAUUUUCAAGCAUGUGCAAAGUGCUAAAUGACCAGGGGCUUCUCAAACUCAGUGGUCAAUCCCGAGAUAUAAAAUCCAAGAGAGUGACACUGAAUGUAGAUGAAGGGGACAUCACAUUUGCAUUGCAGGGAAUUCGGUUUUUUCGGACUUGUCUUGAGUAA